AUGGAGCUGGUUUUGUGGCUCCCAGUAUUAUGCAGGAAAAUGGAAAUUCCAUACUGCAUUGUGAAGGGCAAGGCUCGCUUGGGCACGAUCGUCCAUAAGAAAACUGCGUCUGUUUUGUGCCUGACAACAGUGAAAAAUGAGGACAAGUUGGAAUUCAACAAAAUCUUGGAGGCUAUUAAGGCUAACUUCAAUGACAAGUACGAUGAGUACAGGAAAAAGUGGUGUGGUGGAAUCAUGGGCUCAAAAUCCCAAGCCAAAACCAAGGCCAAAGAAAAGCUUCUUGCCAAGGAAGCUGCUCAGAGAAUGAGUUAG